AUGAAGCUCAUUAUCACUACUACUUUAGUUAUCACCCAUCUGGCCAACCAGAUUCGCGCUCAUGGCUAUAUGUCAAAGCCUCAAGCGUGCUUCAAAAAUGGCUAUAACACCAAGUACAAUGCUCUCAUAACCGAAUCGAUCGACCCAGCGUUUUCGAAUCUCAAAUGGAACGACAACCCCCUGGCUAAUACCGCCACGUUUACCAAAGCGUUUCCGCAAUCAAAGUUUAAGACGAUUAAGGAUAUGAUCGACUCUGUUGUAAAGGACUAUGGCAACACUGAUCUUAGCUGCAAACCCAUCGAAGUGAGUUCGAUGCAAUUCAUGACGUGGCAGAACGAUGAAGAAAAGGUAGGGUUCGUUGCCUCACACCACGGACCUUGCGAGGGUUAUUGCAACGGCAAGCGUCUCUUCACUUCCCAUGACUGCGUUGCUGAUUUUCUUGGUUACCCCGCUAAAAUUCCGGCUGAUUUCAAGUCGUGCGGUAACGGCGAGGGCGAAUUCUGCUUUUUCUGGUUGGCAUUGCACGAACCAAACUGGCAGGCUUAUAAGCAAUGCACCCCGAUUGUCGUCAGUGGCGGCGGUACCAGUAAGACUCCUUCCGUUACUCCUUCCGUUACUCCUUCCGUUACUCCUUCCGGUCCUUCCGGUCCUACCACUGCUCCUAGUACUGCGCCUAAGGGUAAUGACGAUACUUACGGUACAUCCGGUGCUUCCGACAAUGUAGCUGGUGAAGCAGACGUCAUCCCAGCUACGACGGCCUCGUCCUCGCCGGCUGGUGUGGUUGUUCCUGCGGCCAUGAAGGAAGAUUCGGCUGCACCGCCUACCGCGAAAUGCAAGUCACGUCAACAUCGGUAG